UCCCUCAAGCCCCUGCUGUCCUGGGCUCGUUUCUCAAGAACACGGCCUUAUUCUCCUUCUGGAUGUUCUGGAACGCCAGCCGGGCCCCCAGGGCGGGGCCCACCCCUCUCCAGUCAGCCUGUCCGCCCCUGCUGGGGGCCCUGGCCAAGCAGCGGCUCGGGGGCAGGGGUAGCCCAGCACGCCCUGCCCACCCUGACCCCUCUGUGUCCGCAGCCCCAGUGGAAAGAAGUUCCGGAGCAAGCCCCAGCUGGCCCGGUACCUGGGGGGCUCUAUGGACCUGAGCACCUUUGACUUCCGGACGGGCAAGCUGCUAAUGAGCAAGAUGAACAAGAGCCGCCAGAGGGUCCGCUACGACUCCUCCAGCCAGGUCAAGGGCAAGCCCGACCUGAACACAGCCCUCCCCGUCAGGCAGACGGCCUCCAUCUUCAAGCAGCCAGUGACCAAGAUCACCAACCACCCCAGCAACAAGGUGAAGAGUGACCCGCAGAAGGCCGUGGAGCAGCCUCGCCAGCUCUUCUGGGAGAAGAAGCUGAGCGGCCUCAAUGCCUUUGACGUCGCCGAGGAGCUGGUGAAGACCAUGGACCUCCCCAAAGGCCUGCAAGGCGUGGGACCCGGCUGCACGGACGAGACCCUGCUCUCAGCCCUGGCCAGCGCCCUGCACACAAGCACCACGCCCAUCACCGGGCAGCUCUCGGCCGCCGUGGAGAAGAACCCCGGCGUGUGGCUGAACACGGCCCAGCCCCUCUGCAAGGCCUUCAUGGUGACCGACGAGGACAUCAGGAAGCAGGAGGAGCUGGUGCAGCAGGUGCGCAAGCGGCUGGAGGAGGCGCUGAUGGCCGACAUGCUGGCGCACGUGGAGGAGCUGGCCCGCGACGGCGAGGCCCCGCUGGACAAGCCGGGCACCGACGAGGACGACGCAGACGCGGACGCCGACUCGGACGAGGAGCCCGACCAGGACCCAGACGGGGAGCACGUGUAGAGCGGGUCGCGGCCGGAGGGCACCGGGCCACGGCUGGCACUUGGGCAGCGACCUUAGGGAUGAGGGGAGAGCCCCCUGCAGGGCUGCGGCUGGGCCGGCGUCCCCCUCCCCCCUGCCAGGGCGCAGACCUCGCCUCUUCCUCUCAGAGGCCCCCCCUGCGGGGAGCCGCCUGCGCACCCUGCCGCCUCCACACUCGGACCAGGCUGUGUGGCCCGGGAGGAAGGUGGCCUCCAGGUCUUCCCAGGCGUGUCCCCUCCCCGGGGUCCCGGGGGGCACGGCUGGAGGACAGCGCCUGCCUGUGGGAGGCCCCUCCUCGGAGCCGGCACUCCGCGGUGGGCUCAGAGCCAGCCUUGUCCCCACAGCUGCCACCGGGUGGCCUGUGAGGGUCCCCGAGGGGCUGGAGAAACAGGCUUUGGACUAGUCUUGCUCUCCCAUCCCUGCGAGGAACGUUGCUCCAGGGCUGGCCCGCCGGCUGCUCCGAAGGGGGUACGGACCGCCCCGCUGCGUGCUGGCCUGGAGCUCACCUGGAGGCCCUGGUGCCACCCAGACGCUUUCCUUCAACAAACCCGGGACGCGGAGGAGGCCGGCCGGCCGGGACCAGCUCGAGCCGCGUGUGUGCCACACGCGGACGUGAACCCUGCGCUGCGCUGUCCUGGUCCCACCGGAGGCUCCGCCACCAGAGACAGAAUACUGGCGGCCGACGCGCAGGGUGGCGUCCAUGCCUCCCUGCUCCCUCCCCCGUGUGGCAGGGACAGUGACGCCAGCUCUCGGGGGUCCCCGACUGCCCAUCCUGGGGGGCGUUGUACGGCCAAGCAUUUCCAGGCACCUGGUGCCCUGAGCAGCAGCCUCCGGGGAGCUGCAGGCACAGGUCGUCCGGAUCGUGUUCCUUAAUCCCCACCCCUCCAACCCUGAGUGCCUUGGGUGAGGGGAGCCCCCCUGUCCCCUCCCGCCCCGAGCGGCUGUCGCCCUGGCUGAUGCAGGGGGCAGGGCAGGUGUGGGGCCACUGCUCCUCGGGGACGCCCCGCCGGCAGCAUGUUCCAAGCCCAGUCAAAGCACAAGCCCUCGAGGGCCACUCCCGGGGUGCCCCGCGGGGGCCGUGGUGCCGGUGCUGGGGACACCGAGCCCCCGCAGGCCCUCGGGAAGGCCCCUCCGCAAGCCGCCGAGAGGGAGCUCCGUCCGGGGCUGGCCCCUGUGCGGGCCUGAGUGCGGGGGCCCGGGCGGCACCCUGUCGGGGGGCAACCGUUGAAUAAAGCCAUCUCGGUGA